UCACAUCCGCUCUGACAUUUCCCGGAAGUGAACACACUAACGGGAGUGAGUCGCUUCUCUGCCCCGUUAAAACUUCACUUUUCCCCAUAGCUGAGCUCCCACUGAGAUGCCUCCCCCCUCGGCCUUCGGUGCGCAGGUCGCCGCCAUCAUGGACGUGCUGGCGAAAGCUGCCGUGGCGGAAAUAACGAAGCUGGCGGAGGAAGGCUGCGUGGUUCUUCGCCUGGAGGUGCGUCGGAGGGACCAUGAGAUCCAGGAGCUGCGGAGGAGCCUGGAGGUUACGGAGGCUAAACUCAGCAAAGCCCAGGAGGCCUUAGCGAGCCGUGCCACGGAGGAGAGGCAGACACAGACGUCAUGCAGGACUCGGACAGAUGUACAAGAAAAGCUAAAGGCUUUUGCAGAGUAUCCUCAACCAAAUCCGUCCGAUUCACUCUACAAGCCUCAGGUCAGAGUGGAGGAGAGCCCUGCCAUCAGGCCAGCCGUGAAACAGGAGCCCGCGGGUGAACUUCCCGCGGCCAAACCACCGGACGGCGCAGCGAUGGCCGGCUCUGACGGGGGGGAGCCGGGCGACUCCAGGUGGCCGCCGGCUGCUCCCGGCCUGUUUGAGGAAACCUGCGCUGCAAUUCCGCAGCCGGUGCCAGCUUUCCCCUUUCGCUCCGAGGAUUAUUCUGCCUGCAGGGAGGCACAAAGUUCCUUUAAUUGUUUAUCCGCCGCACCGGAGACGGUGUCAGAUGGGUGCUUAACUGCACCCAUUAAAGUAGAAGUGACGAUGCGGCCCACGUGCAUGGGAUCUCCCGCCUCAGAGUAUUUUCCCAAUGAACUGUUGAGGCACGAUUCUCUCCCUCUAGUCGCUCCAGCGGAGUGCAUGCAGUCGGUUUCACAACUGGUGGAGCUACCGGCAGCUCUGCCCCCGGCACAGAGGCCCAGCUUUAGAUCAAAAGGUCGGAUCAGCGUGUGGAAACCCAACCAGAAGCUCUACACCUGCUCCGUGUGCAACAGGGGUUUCCCGCGCUUGUCUCAGCUGGAGGAGCACAAGUCCACCCACCAGACCCUAAAGCCCUUCAGGUGCCUCGAAUGCGGGAAGUCCUUCACCCAGAAGACCCGGCUGAAGACGCACCAGAGCGUGCACACGGGCGAGAAACCGUUCAGCUGCAAGAUCUGCGGGAAGAUGUUCUCCAGGCACGACAACUGCCUGAGGCACGAGCGCUUCCACAGCGGGCUGAAGCCGCACAGCUGCCGGCAGUGCGGGAAGAGCUUCACCGUGCUGGGAAACCUGAAAAUGCAUCAAGAGAUCCACCUGCAGGGCAGGAGGAGUUUUGUGUUUGGCGUUGUCUUUGUGUCCAACGCCUGCCGAGGAUACUGCGACUCAGCGUGGGAGCCCACGGAGGGGCUGGCGUGGGAGGGGGGGGAGCCGGGCCGGCCGGGGGAGGACGGCGGCCGGUGGGGGGACGACGGCGGCCUGACCCCGUGUGACCCCGGGCCUAGCCCGCGGAGGACCGGGAGGAGGCGGGCCUUCAGGAGGGGCUUCGUCUGCUCGUACUGCGGGAAAAGCUUCGAGCGCUCCGGACACCUGGAGCGCCACCAGAGGAUUCACACCGGGGAGAAACCCUACGGCUGCCAGCUGUGUGGGCGGAGCUUCAACCAGAAGUGCAGCCUCAAGGGGCACCUGCUGCAGCCUCCGGCCGAGGCCGCCGCCGCCGCCGCCUUCUGUCUCCAGGGAAACCCGCACGCCACCGUCCCCGCCGCCGUCGCCCCCGACGACCUCCCGGGCCCCGCCCCCACCGAGGGCUCCCCGGGCGGCCGGGGCCAGAGGAGGAGCCGCUCCCAGAAGGAGGGCCGGGCCAAGAGGAGCUUCGACUGCUCCUUCUGCGGGAAGAGCUUCGAGCGGGCGGGACACCUGGAGCGCCACCUGCGCAUCCACACCGGCGAGAAGCCCUACGGCUGCCCCGUCUGCGGCCGCUGCUUCAACCAGAAGAGCAGCCUGAAGAGCCACAUGAAGACGCACGGCAACGGUGAGCGCCGCCCCGGGAAUCCUGAGCCCGGUCGGCUAUGGAAUUCCGCCGGAAGUCGGCGUGGGUCAGGAGGUUCGGCUCUAGCGCCCCUCGGUUCGGCGGCGUUUUCGGGGCUCCGGGCCUCAGAUCUGAACCCGGCGAUGGAGGCCGGGGGCGGGCGGACUGCCAACGGGGCCCAGAGCAGCUACAUCUGCUCGGGCUGCGGCCAGAGCUUCGGCGGCUUCAGCAGCUUCCAGGAGCACCGCUGCCAGCCGGCCCCCCCCUUCAGGUGCCGGGUCUGCGGGGAGAGCUUCGGCCAGAUGAGCGUCCUGAAGCUGCACGCCCGCCUGCACGCCGGCGCCGGAGAGAAGGACCAGCUCUGGUCGUCCAUCAUGGAGGGCGGAGACAUCGACGCCGGCUUCCCCGACUUCUCCAGCGUGGUGGAGGAGUACUCCAGCGCCUUCUCCGAGCACCCGGACGCCAACGCCGCCCCCAACGCCGGCGCCCCGAGGCCGUGCAACGGCGUUUACGGCGGCGAGUUUCAGAAGGAGGCCCCGCAGCUGUCCGGAUUCCAGCCGGAGAAGCAGAAGGAGCCCGUGUACCCGCCCAGGGGUGCGCCGCACGGCCAGCCGGAGGGGGGGGUGGAUGGGGGGGGCGGGGAGCGCCCGGCGGCCGGGUUCCCCCCCCCACAGCAGCAGCGGGCGGCGGGGGCGGCGGCGGCCCGGGGGGGCCACGCCUGCUCGCAGUGCGGGAAGUGCUUCAGCCGGCUGCACCAGUUCAAGCUGCACCAGCAGAGCCACAAGCGCAAGCGCGCCUUCUGGUGCUCGGUGUGCGGCAAGAACUUCCAGUGCUCCUCGCACCUCAGCAUCCACCACCGGACGCACACGGGCGAGAAGCCCUACGGCUGCGGCCAGUGCGGCAAGCGCUUCACGCAGCAGAGCAGCCUGCGCGUGCACCAGCGCACGCACAGCGGCGAGCGGCCCUACAGCUGCCCGCAGUGCGGCAAGACCUUCAUCCUCAUGCACCACCUCAAGCGCCACCGCAUCAUCCACACCUACAGCUGA